AUGGCACAUCCAGCAGGAAGAACUAUUUUGGCGUCCACUAUCGCCAAACAAUAUGUCAGUGAGAUAACCUCUCAGGUGAAAGCCUUGAGCUUCAAACCCAAGUUAGUCGGCUUCUUAGCGAACGAUGAUUCUGCUGCUGAGAUGUACGCUAACUGGUCUGCUAAGACUUGUGAACUGAUGGGAUUCGAGUAUGAAUUGAGAAGAAGAGCUAAGCAUGAUCUUGAAAGCGCUUUGAUCCAAGCCAAUAACGAUGACAACGUCAACGGCAUCAUGGUUUACUUUCCGAUAUUUGGCGACAAGCAAGAUCAGUAUCUUCAGCAGCUAAUUUCGACGGAGAAAGACGUGGAGGGACUCAACUUCCUCUACUACCACAACUUAUACCAUAACAUUAGAUUUUUGGACCCUCCUACCAACGAGCAGAAAUCGAUCCUACCAUGUACACCUUUGGCUAUGGUCAAAAUCUUGGAAUAUUUGGGAAUUUAUAACAAGCAUUUGCACUAUGGUAACAGACUUUAUGGUAAAAAAGUUUUGGUGGUGAACCGGUCAGAGAUCGUUGGAAGACCUUUAGCCGCUCUUUUAGCAAAUGACGGUGCCACUGUGUAUUCUCUCGAUAUUAAUAACAUUCAGCAAUUUACCAGAGGUGAUGACUUGCUGAUGCAGAGGCACAAAGUGAUUGACUUAGACCUGGAGAAGUACCCAUUGGAGAAAGUUGCACCUCAAUGUGACGUAAUCAUUACGGGUGUGCCCUCUGAAAACUACAAGUUCCCCACCGACUUGGUUCGUAACGGAGCCGUUGUGAUCAACUUUGCGAGCGCAAAGAAUUUCAAUGAGGACGUGAAACAGAAAGCCGGUUUGUACGUACCCCUGAUCGGGAAGGUUACUAUCGCGAUGCUCCUAAGAAACUUGCUUCGCUUGAUUAACAACAAGAAAAUACGUGUGGAGAAGGUGAAAAAUAGUGAGACCGGCGCCACCGAUGCUUCUACACUGACCGGUGAUGCCGCUGCUCCAUCGCAUGGCGGGGCAAUUGGUGAUAAAGCGGAAUAA